AAAUCUUGUACUUGACGCUGGCUAAUGCACAAACCGUGCCAGAGCCAUAAAAAAGAAGCAGUGUCAGUCUUGACAAAUGACAGUUUGUAUUUAGGGAUUUCAAAUUUGUAAAAUAAACGUUAAAAACAAAAUGCACGCUAACUGAAAAAUCAAAAUAUUGUGAAUUGUGGUAAAUGCUACAGUAUGUCGGACAUCGAAGAAGAGAAUAUGGUGACAUUUCGUACUGGAAUUGGGGAAAUAUCUGUAGGUGGAUUUAGCAGGAACUCAAACUCAAAAAUGAUGUCAAUGAACAAUAUUGAUCAAUUCAAUUCCAAUCGCUACAAGCUGGAUCUUCCACAACACGAUGUCCGGAGCAUGUACCGUGAACGAGCAAUAUCUCCAUUUUCUUUAAGAAGUGAUGUUGGACCUCCUAGAUUUCAUCCUGGACAAUAUGCAAGUUCUCAUAGAUCUGUUAUUGAUGGCAGGAGUAGAUCUCCAAUGUCAAUCCGUAGUGUGGAUACAACAAGAACUGCUAUUGACAUAACAAAUGCUCUUAAGUUUGAAACAUUUAAUACACAUGAAUUACAGAUUAUUAAAGAAAUAGUUUGCCGGAAAUUAAAACUUAAACAAAGAAGAAGGUAUGAAAAAAAUAGACAUAAAUCUAUGGUGCUCAAAAGUAACCGAAGUAAUAUUAUAAGACACAUUAGAAGUAUGAAAUAUUCAGAUAGAGAUAGUAGUGAUUCGCCUAUAAGUGGCAAUGAAGAUGACCAGUUACUUAGAAGACCACAUAUAAGUCAAGUAGACAAAUCUUUACUGAUGAAUUCGAUCAAUAGUAAAGAUCAAUACACAAACCAUACAAUUGCUCUUAAAAAAAAUAUAUUUUCAAUUAAUCAAAAAGCAUCUAACAAUUUUGCUGAAGUAGCCAAGCCAGACUCCACUCAAACAUGUAAUGAAGGGCGAACUUUAAAAGAUUAUUUUUCAAGUGAAUAUAUGUUUCCUUCUCAAAGGUUCAAUAAUACAACAGAAAGUGAAAAACAUUCUAAUGAUAUACCAAAAUUAGUAGUUAGCCAAGAAAGUCUUAGCAGUGAAAAUGAAGAAAUAUUUUCUGACAGCGAAAAUAGAAAACGAUCAUUUGAUCAUCAAUUCAAUAACAAUGCAAAGAGAAUAAAACUUGCAAAUAAUGUUACAAAUUCUGAAUUAAAUUCUUUAAAAGAUACUUUUAAAAAACCUUUAGUACCUAAACUUAAAGACACUAGUAAUGCAAAAGAAAUAGCUAUUUCUGAGUCAGUACCACCCAUAAUUUUGGUUAAUAACAAUGAAGUACCUGGAGAUAUACGAAAUGAAUGUGAGGAAUCAAAAUUAGCUGAAGUUUCUAUGAAAUCUAGUUUUUCAAAGCGAAAGUUAUUCACACAGAAAGUAGAUUUUUUAAACUCUAAAGGAUUAGCUGAUACCGCUGGACCAAGUCCCCAAACUAAAGUUGACAAUAAAGAACGGAAUAAAACUAGAAAACUAGUGACGACACAGUCUUGUCUAAAUAGAAAUGUUUCUGAUGAGGAUGACAAUGUAUUGGAUUUAAUUCACAAAAUAGUACCCGCUGAUCAAAUAUAUGCAACAUCUAGUAAAACAAAUACUGUCACGGAUGACAAGUUUGAUAGUGAUGUUAGUGGUACAUUUACUGAUGAAACACUCAAUGGCACAGUUUUUGAACAAACAAACAUUGACAAGGAUAAAAAUGGUAAAUUGGCAAGCUCAUCCAAAGCAAAAGAUUGUAGAGUUACAAGACAGAAUGUUCUUUGCCAGAAUUCAGGAUCUUCUAAGACUGUGUCUCAAAGAUCAAAUCGUAUGAAAACCUUCUGGGAAACUGAUAUAGAAAGUGAAAUGGAAUCUGAAAAUAUACCUGUUUGGAAAAUAACUCGACCCACUGCGAAUAGGGAUCACUUAAAAGAUGUCACCGUAUCAGCUUUAAAUACUACACACCAAGUAGGUAAAAAUAGAGCUAAAAUAUUAACUGUGCAAGAUUUUAAAAACAAAAUCGCUAAUUCUAAGAAAAGAUUGAAUACGGCCACUGAAGUUGAGGAGCCAUAUGACCAAGAACAAACUAUAAAAAAAGUAAUUCCGAAAGUAAUCGAAAACACAAAUCAAAUUCAGUUUGAAAAGCCUGCCAAAGAAAAGAAGAAAACUAUUGCUUCAAGUAAUAAAAAUAAGAAGCCAGAAGUUUCAAACAUUCAACAAAGUAAAAGGAUAAGAAGGCCUAACAAAAAAUAUUCUGAAUGUGAAGAUGAGACAACUAAAGCAAAAGAAAGUAAAACAGAAGAAAGUAGCAAGACCUUAAAAGAUAAUGCAAACGACGCAAAUAGCUCACUUGAUACUAGCGAUAAUUUAAAUGUAUCAAGUAGGACGAGAUCCAAACGAAGUGAAAGUGACGAAAGAAGAACAUCAAAAGAAAAUAGUUCUCAACUUAGUGACGAUAUUCACAAUAUUUCUCGAAAAAGUUUAAGACCAAGAAAAAAGAAAAACGACACGUUUUGAUAUAGUUACUAAAUAAGUCAUCAUGCUAUCGAAAUCUCCGCUAGCCGAGUUGGUAGAUGAAAUGCUAUACUCAAUCGAUAUAUGCUUCUUGCAACGAGAUUUGUAAUCCCCGCAUCUUUUAAUUGGUCGAAGAUAAGCAUAACAGAAAUGCCAAACUACAGAAUAUGUCCAUAAAAGUAUGUAAUUGGGCCUCGUUCUACGGCAUUAAACUAAAUGCAUGCCUUAAUACAUCUAAAAAAUGUUUUUAGUUGAACCAUUAUUUAUGUUCUUAUUCAUUACUAUCAUUUCUAUCGAUCUAUCAUGGCAUUAUUAGGCUAAAUUAUAAUAAUAAUUCAAUAUAGGCCUUCUAUAAGCCUUAUUAAAAUGAAGUGAAUUUUAUUCACACUUUACAAGUAUUUUUCUAUGGUACGCAUUUGUGAAUUGCUAACUGUAUAAAUUAAUUGAAUUUUUGUAGAAAAAAUAUUAACGGUUAUUUUGCUUUCUUUUCCUACGCUUUGUAUUUUUCUCAUUUACUUUCAUCACGGAGAGUAGGUAUAGUACUAGUAGAAGAAUUGUGUUAGUUAUUUAUUAUUAUAAUCAUGUAUAUUUUCGUCUGACCAUAAUUUUUUAGGAGAAGCUCGAACUUAGGAAACAAAGUUUCUCUUGUAAAAAUAAGAAAAACACAAUUUAAAAGAUACCACACUUGGAUUUCCGUGUCAUGGGCUAGUCUUUCCAUUUGACAUACUUAUGAUUAUUUGAAGUAAUAAAUGCUAGUUGUAUAUUAAUUUUCAUUUAUUCCCAAAUUUGUUAACCAUUCAUUAGUAGUUACAAUAUUUGCUUGGGAUGUUGUAUUUUUUGCAGCAGUAGUUAAUUACGUUAACUUAUUAUGAUUUAAUAAGGUCAUUUCAUAUUGAAUAUGUAGUAAUUUACUUUUAAGUAACGUACCUGAGUAUUUACGAACCAGUGUGUAGAUAAUGACCUCAAUUGACCAUCAUAGGAUUAUCUAGGUAGACUGCUUUUAUAACGUUAUGUUAUCUUGUAGCUAAAUUCAAUUAGUGUCAUAAAUAAAACAAUGAUAUUUAAAUGAAGUAAUUUUAUUUUUAAGGAUUUCACAAUGUCAAGUCCUAGUUGGCAUUACAGUAUGCCAACGAAGACUUUUAAAAGUUGUCAUAUGCAAAUUAAAUCGCCAACAAGUCGUUCGGUACUUUAUAUGUUAUAAACAUCACAACUAAAAUUAUUUAACCAAUUGAAUUAUAAUUUUAUUGUUAAUCUUGGUGCAAACUUCAGACGUCUAUGUGUUAAAUAAGGCCCUACUCUAUAUACUAAUUUCGAUUAUUAAUUCCAUCACAAUGUUCAAUAAUUGUUUAUCUCAAUUCUAAGCAUUCAGAUCUAGAUAAAUUACUUGUUUUUCAUUAACCAAUAUCCAAAUAAAUUUACUUAAUAAAAUAGUUGCAUUUAUUUUCGUUCUUAUUUUAAUGGGAUACAAUAAACAUAUAAUUGUUUAAUAAACAUAGUUCUGUUGUAUCUUCCCAUGUAAGUUUUAUUUCAACAGGCAACCAAUUAAUAAAACCCAAUCAAAUACAUAUUAAUUUAUGAAGUUACCAAGUACAUUCAGCCGAACCAAUGUAACAAUUAACAUUAAAUCUCUUCCAUAUCAUAACAACCUAUUAAAUGCACGUUAUUACAGCCAGUGGCCCAAAAAUGAAUGCCAGUCAUCUGCACCAUAUCAGAUCCUCAGCAGGUGGUUACUUUUGGUUCAAAUUGAAGGUUAAAACAACUCAUUGCACUUACCAAAUUGUCUUGAGCAAGACAAAUAUUUAUGUUAGUCAUGUUAUAUGCAAAACUAGUACUUAUGACACAACUUGAGUAUGUACAUAAACACCUUAUUUCAGGUCUAUAUUUGUCGAGCACACCUUAUUGGUAUAAUGUAGGAAAUGAGGAUACAUGACAAUUGCAUUCAAAAAUUAGAUAGUAAA